AUGAUCGUAUCAAACAGCAACCAAGAAACAACACGAUCCGCGUUCUCAUGGCGCAAACGAGGCCUGGUCUCAUAUGGCGUACCGUUUCCCCAGCUUGUCGCGACGCAUGUCGAGAGAUUAGGGAAAUUGCGGGUAUAUACGUUGGUUUCUUGGUCGCUUGCGAGGAACACAGAUACUGUAUCCAGAUUGAAGGAGGCACUGGGUCCAAAACUCGUGGGAGAGCGCAUUGGGUUUCCCAGCCAUGUGCCUUGGAACGAUCUGCUUCGUUUGGCACAGGAAAUAAAUGAGUCGGCCGCUGAGCUGGUCGUGACCGUAGGAGGAGGGUCCAUCACUGAUGCUGUCAAGCUCGCCGGCCUCAUCCUCGCAAACGAUCUCCAUGAUUUCAAAGCCCUUGAUGCAAUGAGCUCGAGACUAAAAGCAGCCAUGCAGCAUGAUAUCGACUAUAAACAUGCCUCGGAUCCCCAGGACGUAAAUCCUCCACCAUUCGUCAGGAUCAAUGUACCUACAACAUUGUCCGCUGGAGAGUAUUCUCCGUACGCAGGGGGGAUCGAUCCGACGGAAGGCGUAAAGAAAAUCUUCAUACUUCAAAGCCUAGCAUGCGACAUCGUGAUAUUAGACCCGGAGCUCGCACGGCACUCUCCAGAAUGGGUAUGGAUGAGCUCAGGUGUCAGGUCGAUAGAUCACUGUGUCGAAUUGCUGGGCAGUUUGAGCAAGAUUGAUCCGGAGACAGAGGACGCUGCAGAGAAAGGUCUUGUGUUGGUGGCGCGAGGUCUUCUGAAAUUGAGGAAUGACCCCAGCGACCUUCAGGCUCGCCUUGAGACUCAGCUGGGCUCAAACUUUGCAAUGGACGGCAAGUUCACACAUCAUCCGCGCGAUUUUUAUGAAUCAUCCCUGAUAUCAUGGCAUCUAGGUCUUUGCCGAGGUGUACAUCUUGGUGGCUCCCACGCUAUCGGACAUCAGCUCGGUACCAUGAACGUGGCGCAUGGAUACACAUCCUGUAUAUUAUGUCCUUCAGUCAUGAAGUGCAAUGCGAAGGUCAAUGCAGCUCGGCAACAACGGGCUAUUGACAUCUUGUGGUCCGACUCGUAUAUCCGACAGGCGCUAUCGAAACGAGGUCUCACGGCCCAGAAUGACUUGGGAGAUCUCUUGGACGGGUUGUUCCGAGAAUAUGGAAUGCCCAGGACUCUGAAGGAAGUUGGAGUUGAAGGGGAAGCGAACUUACAAACGUUGGCCGUUCGAAGCCUGAAGGAUCCUUGGUGUAGAACAAACCCAAUACCCCUGACGACACUAGAACAGGUGAUCAAUAUCCUGAACACUGUAGAAAUAUGA